AACACCGGUAGCAGAUCUCGGCACAAACGAACUCCUGCCACCCGAACACAGAUGCAAGGUCAAACACGGCCCGGUGGACACCCUAGUUAAACGUUUUAAGUCGAGUUUGUUUAACCAGGUGAGAAGUCAAGAGACCAGGAUGAAGCUCAUUUGCACGAUAGAUGUCGGGCAUUCGUCUGCUACCAGACGUUGAUUGCUGCUUUAUAAUCCCAAUCGAGUAAUCUGCGGCGUAAAUUUUAAAUUUGGCAAAUUUGGACCCCAACGCCGGCACACAAUAGCCUCCUCUUGCGAACGACAUCACGGGAUCUUUAACAUCCGCUGUGAAGCGGGAAGUGCGCAGCAUUACGACUAUUACUGUGGCUAUUACACCCACAGUAAUAACCAGGAAGGCCUGUCAGAUUCGAACCGUGAACCUCUGCAACAAGUGAUCAAUGCGUCACCGCUGAAUCACGUCACCACCUUCGAGUGACUCAAACCAUCAUGCCUCCGAGGUCGAUAAAAAUGAGGUAGCACUUAAGUCAGUAGUGGUUGCCUAUGCAUAGACUCGCACCUGCCAUAGGAAUGUGAAAUUUCACAAUUGGUUCAGGGCUGUAGACAGAAAGAGGGGCACCAUUUCCUCGAUGCUUAUUUGAGUAGGAGAUCAACAUCACCUUUAUCCUGGCCACCUCUGUGACCUCCAAGCACAUGGGGUUCAGAUCGAUGCUGUGAUGGGUUAUCCCCGAAGUGGGAUGAGUGAUGAGGAGUUUGUUCACUGAUGAGGAGACCCGCGUGUGCUUCAAUGAAGAGGGCGGUUUGUGAGCAGCUUGGGAUCCACUGUUUUGGAGGCCAAGCGCCAGGCGGCCAGCAGCUAACAGCACCAUCAAAGUUGUAAUUUAAGUGAGUGUGGUAACUAUUACAAGAGCUUGGGAAAUUAUGGAAGGGAAUUCUAAAGUGGAGCAGUGCACGGGAAGAAGCAGAGAAUCGAGGUGAGUGGGUGAAUGAGUGCGUCGAUGUGACCUGCAGUGUGGUGGUUGACCACAAGUGUGGAUGAGACGAGGACUUGAGGACUUCCUGGGUAAAUAAAAGUUAUUCAAUGUGCUGUGUAAAAAACCUGGGAUUAGGACACCGCAAGAGGGCAUGGUCAGUGAUGAGUGAUACGGAGUCAGAGAUGAGUAGCGGUGGGUGAUGUUUAUCCUCGCACUGUAUAUAAACAGGUGACCCUCACGUCGAUUGAGUAAUGCGAAUUAGCCUUGCGUUAAGAGGACAUCGCAAGAUAAUCAGUAGGGGAGGGUGAGGGGGGGGUAUGAGCAGAGCGCGAGGUCGAGUGGGGAUCGGCCCCGUGCCCCCAGGGCUCCUGGUACAGGUAUUGGGUUUCCUCGCCGCGUUGCUAGGCGAUGCACUGUGCAGGUGAGGCGUUCACCUGCCCCUCCAAUGCCGCCGAGGUGCGCGUCACAGCAGAACGCGGGGUUGACGGCCACCUCGACCCCCCUCCCCUCUGUCCUACAGUCUCAAAUUCGCCCGCUGGCGGUCGGGGGAGGGGGGGAAUGUGCAGGGCCGCAGGUUCCCCUUGGUUACCGUGGCUCAGCCCGGACCAAGAAUAGAGUCUAAUCCCCGGGGUGCCAUAUGGGGCGGCGGGUGCGCUGUCCCUGGUGCUGACACCGCUCGUGCUGCUGCGGAGGGCGCUGCUCUCCACCGGUUGCUGAAACUCGGUCCACGCACGCGUCCUCCGAGCGCUGCCGCGCACCGGGGGCCAGGAUGAAGAUCAACAUACUCGACCAGAGCCAGCAGCACCGGCCUCGGCAGCAUCACCUGGCCAAGCUCGGCGCGCUGGUGACGCGCAUGCAGGACUCGGAGCGCGGGGUGCCGAUGAGAGACCAGCUGCUCAGCGACACAAUCAUCCCCGACGCCACCACUGGACGCGACCUCGUGCAGUGGAUGGAGCAGGGGCUCCACGUGACCGCGGACGAGGCGCUGCACCUGAGCUGGUUGCUGGUCGCCUAUGGCUUCGUCUAUCCGCUCUCUGAGCCGCGCAACCUCGCGCUGCGCCCCGAUGGCUCCCUCUACCGCUUCCAGGCCCCCUACUUCUGGCCACUUCAUUACAGCCAGAGCGAGGACACGGACUACGCGAUUUACCUGGCGCGGAAAAACAUUCGCAGCAAGGGAGAACUGGACGAAUACGAGAAGGAGUUGUACUCCGCGCUGCACCAGAAGAUCAACCACGAGUGGGAUUUCGUGGUGUGCCAGGCCAAGGAGCAGUACAGGAGCGGACGCGAGCGUCCCAAAGGCGACCGAGUGGUCCUCGAGUGCCAGGAGCGCGCCCACUGGCUCGUGCGGAGACCCCCGCCCGGUGCCUUGCAUGCCCUGGACAGUGGACUCAACCGAGUGCUGGAGCCUGGCGCGGAGGAGAAACCAACGGUGGAGCUUUACCGUCGCCAGGUCAUGUACUACCAGCAGGCCGCGUUGCGUUCUCGUACCAAGUCCUCCGUCUCCCUCGGGAGUCUGUUGAAGUUCACGGAGUCGUCCAGCGUGUACGACCCCCUACUCACCACGUGUCUCCCCAGCAACCCCUGGGUAACGGACGACACCAUGUACUGGACCCUCAACUCCCCCAGCGUGGAGGUGCCCACGCGGCUGCGUGUGGAGCGCUGGGCGUUCUCGUUCCGGGAGCUGCUCCGUGACCCGCGGGGCCGACGCGAGUUCCAGGCCUUCCUCAAGAAAGAGUUCAGCGGGGAGAAUCUUGCAUUCUGGGAAGCCUGUGAGGACCUGAAGCAUGGGGAUCAGAGUAAAGCGAAGGAGAAGGCGGAGGAGAUCUACAAGCUGUUCCUGGCGCAGGGCGCGCGCCGUUGGAUCAACAUCGACGGGAAGACCAUGGACAUCACGGUGCGCGGCAUCCAGUGCCCGCACCGCUACGUGCUGGACGCCGCGCAGACGCACAUCUACAUGCUCAUGAAGAAGGACACCUUCUACCGCUACCUCAAGUCGGACCUCUACAAGAGUCUCCUCGCCAAGGCCGUGGUGCCGCGUGAGACCGACAAGAAUGCCCGCUUCCCACGCCACGCGAGCCCCAGCCCAGUGGUCCUACGUGCGGCCGAGGAGGAGGCGCGAAAGGCCACGGCAACGGUGCCGCAGGUGGACCUCACACAGGCCUCGAGCUCCCCGUGCCGCGCCGGGGUUUAUACGGGCGGGGGGGCGCCCUCAUCCCUGCUGCCCCUCUCCCGCGUGCCCCCCGGCGUUCGGCUCGCGCGGAGCCUCUCCUCCUCAACGAGCAGCGUGGCCCCCUCCUCCCCAGCUCCUCCGCGCGCUGCUCCCGGCUCCUCCGGCUCCUGAUCCCCAGCUCUUGAGACCCUGAUCCCACAAACCCAUAGGCUCUGACCGUGAGUGCUGAGAGUCACCCUCUCGCGAGCCCCCCUCCUGCGCUUGUUUCUGCACCCCCCCCCCAUCCUCCCCCACCCCCCCCCCCCCCCCCCAUCGUGCACACCGCCCCCCCCCCUCCCCUCGUGAAUAGGUGAUUACGAAUAGGAGACAUGAAUAGAGUGUGACUAGCGUGUGAGUAGCGUGAGUAGUGGGUUCUGAAUAGGGGGAUUGUAAAUAGAGGGGUUAGUGGAUAGAGGAAUGCGAUUAUAUUAUAGGACUGUGAAUCGAGAUUCGUAUAGGAGUGAAUAGAUGAGCGUAAAUAGAGGGCUGUGAAUGAGAGCAGGCGAGUGUGUGUAGAGAGAGAGAGAAGGCGCGAGACCAGGAGGCGUUUGAGUCGUGGCAAUAAAAGGCUUGUGAAUAGACGAACGUGUGGCGUCGGUCUUGUUUCGUGAUGCUGUUGGGGGUGCGCAUAAGAGAUCUGGGCACCACAGUCCCCUCCC